AUGAGGCCAAUGACGUCAUUCAUGCUUCACCUGCCUGUCCUAGCCUGCUGCGUUCUAGGAGCACUCUCCGUACUGGUCUCGUCCCAAGAGAUUUCUGAAAAUUCACAUAACAGCCUGAUCACCUCCUCGCUGAUUCAAACGUCCUCUACGGGCACAACUAGUAGCAGCGAUGCAUCCCUCACCCCUCUCCGCCACUCCUCCCGCUCCCUGCUUCAGCUGCGCCACUGUGCCGCCCAGGCCUGUCCGCCCUACCUCUGCUGCUCCUCCUCCUUCGGCUGUGGCCUCGGCUCCGCCUGCCUCACUGACUGCCUCUCCGGCCCCUGCGAAACUGCUGGUAACACGGUUACCAGUAACAGCGUCACUGGUAACAGUGCUGCUGGUACUGGUAACACUGUCGAUGAUGCCACUGCUGAUGGUAGUACCACUGGUGGUGGUGGUAACCCUAGGGGGCCUCGGUUACAACCCCCUGUGUGCUGCACCGCUGCUGCCUGCGACAUCGCUCCUAUUAUGGCUACAGAUGGGUUUUCUCUGGAGAAUAAGAUAGGAGAGGGGGCGUUUGGGACAGUCUACCGGGCACUUGCCAUUCCUGUUGCUGACUCAUUAGGUGCCACGUCAGGAAGCAGGAGAGGAAGGAAUGCAGCGGCUUCCGGGAAGGGGAUGGAAGAUGGGCAGCGGAUUCAGGAGUUGUGGGCGGUGAAGAGGGCAAAGAGAGGGAGCAUGGGACCAGGAGGGGCGUUCGAGCGAGAGGUGCGGACCAUCUGGCGUUUGAACCACCGCAGUCUGGUGUCGCUCAUCGGAUGGUGUGCGGAGCAAGGGGAGCAGCUGCUGGUAUAUGAGUUUAUCUCUAAUGGCAACCUUUACGAAGCUCUGCACGACCUCUCCCGCCCCCCACUCUCCUUUCUCCAGCGUGUGCAUAUAGCCUUGGGUGUUGCACGUGCGCUGCACUACAUACACGAGCAGGCACGGGAUCGCAUGCUCCACAGAGAUGUCAAGUCGCUCAACAUACUGCUCACAGCAGAGCUGCAGCCCAAGCUGUUUGAUUUCGGCCUAUCCCGCAUGUUGGAAGGAGGGGAAGCCAGCUUCUUCACCCACGGGCUCUCAGGCACGAGGGGCUACCUGGACCCUGAGUUCAUCACCACACACCGCGCCUCCACCAAGACAGACGUGUACAGCUUCGGUGUGGUUCUCCUGGAGCUGCUCACAGGCCGGCACCCCUUGCUCUACUUCUCUCCCCAUGCUCCGUCUGCCCCCUUUUCCUACUCCCUUCUCUCCCCUCCCCACCAGCUUCGGUGUGGUUCUCCUAGAGCUGCUCACGGUAACCAUUCCUUCGGUGUUACCACUCUUGCUGACUGGGCUCGCCGCAUGCUCUCCCACGGCCACCUGGAAGAUAUUGUCGAUCCCCGCAUGCCACGUCAGCUGCCCAGUUUUCCACCUCAGCUGGCUGAGUUCGCUGACGUGGUAGUGUCAUGCACGGACCCGAUUGGUUACCGCAGGCCUGUUUGUAGGAAUGAGCAAGGCUCUUUGUAA